AUGAACGAACAAUGGAAGAAGCGAAAUGAAGAUAUCUAUGAUGGUUGGUAUGAUUGUCGAUAUGAAUCAAGAUAUAUAUCAAUUGAUUGUAUCAAAGGAACUUUUUUAUUUGAUGGUAUGACAAUAGGACUUUUACCUGAAAAAAUAACCUCCAAUGAAUUAUUUGUUCGUGUAUUUGGUGAGCACAUCUUUGAAGUUCAAGCGGCUAAAUCAUCUAAUACUGAUAUUACUAAACAUUCGUAUCAUGGUGAUAGAAGAAUUCAAUAUGAAUUCCAUUUCAAUGAUCAAACCGAAUGUUUAACAAUUACCGAACGACAUAUACAGACAAAUGAAAUAUUCGAAUUGAUUCCUCAUAAUUGUUUUGAGACUGAACUACCAGAUAUGUUUGUUUCCGAUCACAGUCAUUGGUGGAAUGCAAAAGAUCAGACAGUCGAAUUUCGACCUGUUCAUUUUAAUGGUACUGAUUUUUUAAAUAACAAACCCUACAUUCUAUCAAUAGAGACAGGAUAUAUUAUUACUACUGAAAUAGUUAAUACACAAAUUUUGGUUAAUCAAUCAUCAGCAUUUUUUGAAAAUUUGUUCAAUCGGUACUUUAUUCGUCUUGAUGAUAAGUCUUGUGUUUACAUGAUGAUAGACAAUGCUUCGCAUUUCAUUCAGCUACCACUGAAUGAUAUUAUCAUUCACAUUCAUUUAUCUCGUUUAAGAAUUGCUUUCAAAUACAACUCUAAUAGCGGUAUGAUUACGUCUCGUGAAUAUUCAGAUAUGUGUAUUGAUGAAAAUCAAUGGUUGGGAACAUUAACAGGUUUAAUAUCUGGUCUUCUCUUAGCAACAUUACCUAUCAAUAAUCAUCGACUGGCACACUAUCCAUAUCGGAAAUUGAUUGUACCGUUUGGACAGAUUCAUGGUGCAGAGGUUUUGCACAAUAACUAUCAAACUAUAACCAUACAACGAAAAUCAUUCUUGAAAAAAUAUCUUCAUCAUUAUUUUUUUUAA